GCGCUACUCGCAUCAGUCGCUGUAAACUUAUGUGCGCGGACACAACUACUUGCAAUGUGCCGGUGUUAUAUCUGAUAAAACGUGAGGAUAAAACUAAGUGCUGAAGUUAUAACAGUUAUCUAAUACGGGAUUCAAGCAAUACAAUACUUAGGUAAUAGAACAACGCAGACGCACAUCAGGACGAAGGGGAAAAAUUAAAAUUUUCAACUCUUCACUGGCGAACAACUGCGAUUUUUCAAUUUAAUGAUAAAAAAAUGUCGGAAUAUUGUGAAUACAUGUGGGACCCAACCCGGGGACAUGGAAGCACAGAACUGGCCCGAAGUCUCUACCACGAAGAGGCUCGUCUCCAAGCAAAAGACAAAAAGCUCGCAAUAAAAACCGUUCGCGCUAUUCUCCGAGAAAUGCCAGGUGUAGACCUGAAGCAGUGUAACGACGAAUACAUAACGCGCUUCCUGUUGGCCCGGAAGUACCGGACUGAGCAGGCCGCUGCCCUGAUUGGAGCUUAUCAGGCGCAGGUGGCACAUCGUCAAGAUAUUUUUGGAAACCUCACUGCUAGGGAUCCAGCACUGCAGAGGGCUCUCAGGGCGGGAAUUCCGGGGGUUCUUCCUGCUCGCGAUAAAAAGGGGAGGUGUGUUCUCGUUAUGUUGGCUUCUCAAUGGGACCCCAUAGCAGUGCCCGCACUGUCAGUACAACGUGCAAUUUUCCUAGUUCUCGAAACUCUUAUCCAAGACCCACGUAAUCAGCAAUGUGGAUUUGUGAUUGUGGUUGACUGGUGUAACUUCACACUACGUCAAGGAAGUGCACUUGGUGCAGCGGCUCUUCGUAAUUUGAUAGGAGCACUUCGGGGACGAUUUCCAGCGAGAUUCAAGGGCAUUCAUUUUCUCUCAGCCCCGCUCUAUGUUCAAGCCACACUGGCGUUGGUGAAGCCCUUCCUCGAUGAAAAAACACGUCACAAGAUCUAUCUUCAUGGAAAUAAUUUGAGUACUCUUCACGAGCACCUGCCAACGGAUAUCCUACCAGCGGAGCUCGGUGGAACAGGCCCCUCGUUCAACCCUGGUCUCUGGGCAGAGCCGGUCAUUCAUUCUGCAAUGAAAGAGGCCGAGUUGGCCGCUAUAAAAAAAGACAAAGACUCAGCGGAUAAACAAGGAGAGGUAAAAGAGAGACACAAUGGGGACGCAAUUAGAACCAAGGCCACCAUCGAGGGAGAAAGUAAAAGUGACAGGGUGGAGAUACCCCUCGAUGCAAUCCAUAAAUCCUCGAGCGUAUCGGUAGACGAUGAGAACAACAAAAAUGUGGACAAUCGCAGGGUAAAUGUGCGAAGAGAAAAGAAUCAAAUGGACAGCGAGACAGAGACCAUCCUGGACAACGACUCGAGGGUGAAAGUCUAUCGUGAUAGGGAGGACAAUGUCACCACAAGGAGAAUUCAGUCAGAAUCCGACAUCGAGUGUCUCGAUCCACCUUCCGAAACAAAUUCUAAUGAGUUUGAAAUGAUCUCGAAUAAUUUGGAUAGUGAGGAGAGCAGGGAUAACUCCCUGGACAGUCUCAGGGGUGAGAGGGUUAGGGUAAAGGGUAGCAAGGACAUAUUGCCUGAGGAAACGAAUCUGAUUACUUGAGUUGAAGGAGAGGAGUGAGACAAUCAAUUCCUUUUUUUACUAUUUAGAUUAUGAAUCGCAUGUUAAAAUCUUGCAGUGCAGACGUGUGGAAAAAUAAGUAGAUAAAAUUGACGUUUUUUAAGGAACAGACUGCGAUAAAUUGACAAAAAAUGAAGUUUCUGACUUUUUCUAACGAAAAAUAUCCCUCCAGAAGCUCGUGGCCAAAUUUCAAUUCGGUGAUUUUUUUUUUCUGAAAAACGUUGGAUGUUCUAUCGUAUUUUUUCAUACCUUUAUAAUUAUUAAUAAUACAGACUAUUAUGGUAUUCUUCUGUGAUCAAAAACUGAUGAUACAACUGGAACUCAUCCCACAAAUUCCAAGGCUUCCUUCACGUGCAAUUGAAGUAGUAAAACAUAAUGAGUUGCCUCAUUCUCAUCUGUCGAUGACUCAUGAAUCUUGAUCAUGAGUCACUCCAGGACAAAAUGUCAACCGCAUUUUUACAGAGAGAUUUCUUUAAUGAAUUUUUAAUAAGGAAUUUCCUCAGCUGUGAAAAGGCCUCUGACAUUGCGUCUCAUAACUUCAAUGUUACAAUCAUUAACCAGCAGGAAAAGUACCCUCAUAUGAGUAUGAUUUUUCAAUGAACAAUUAAGCAGAAUAAAAAUUCCAAUAAAACAA